AUGAAUCGCGUUGAGCACUGGGCGCAUCUGCUUCAUCCGAAAUUGAGGUUUGAAGAUUUUGUGAGUCGAACGGAAUCACUGAGCGAAAAGAGAAUGAUUAAAACGAUGAUGACGAAAAUGCGGCUUGAGAUGCCUUUGACUGAUGAGGAUUUUAUAAAGAAUAAGGAAAAUGCAGUCGUUCCGGAAGCUGAAGUUAAGAACCAGCAUUCUCCUGAUCGGUCACUGGAAAAUUUGGAUCUGUUUGAAAUUUUUGGCGACAAAUGCGAGAAUCCGGCGCCAGCCUCCACUCAACCGCAUAAAUCACCAUCUCCCAGAGCUGCUGCGGUGCCGACUUUAACCGAAGAACAGCUGCAGCGCAUACAAAGAAACAAACUUCGUGCGCAGAAACUUCGUGCCGAACGUGAGGCACAAAUCAGGCAUUCUGGUAAAGCAUAUUCAGUGACGAAAGAAGAAACACUGGCAGAAAGCCAGGCAGAGCCAAGCAGUGUUUCUUCUGUUGUGGAAUCGAAUGCAGUUACUGCAGAUUUGGGACAGCAGGAGCUUGUCGAAGAUGUUUUGAUGGAUGACGAUGAAGCGUUAGAUUUCAUAUUUUCUGCUGCCUGA